GGAUGAGGUGCUCUAAUCUUCACAAAAUAACCUGACACUCGACUGGCUCUUACUGCGCCAAUUGAGAAUACACAGUGGCUUUUCAAUGGGGUUAAGUUGUCGAGAUUUGGGGGUAGAGGGUGGAAAACGGAGGCUGGGCUUCUAGAUUGUAGCCCUGUGUUGGGAAUUAGGGUAUCACGUAUAGGAGCUGAGGUGUCUCUAUUUGGGGUGCCAAGUGGACCCCAGAGGGCGUUCUUGCGAGAAGCACUGAGUUCUAGCUGGUGUCUGGGCUAGUGAGCUCAUCAGAGUUUAGGGUCCGAGAAGUUGUACAGCCUAAGCCUCAGAGAGAAAAUUAGCAUUGUAGACAUGUGAUCGUCCGCGGCUGCUGCUGUGGUAGCCGUGGUAGUGGUGGUGGCGGCGCUGGGGCUGGGGCUGGAGCUGCCCAGAAAUAGCAGCAGCUGGUUUCCGCUCCCUGGUUGGCUAAGAGAGAAAGACAGAGACAGAGAGAGAGAGAAAGAGAGAAAGCCCAACCAGUAGAGAGGAGCCGGCGGCGGCGGCGUUGGCUGCGCGGGACACCCGGGGAUUCCUCCCGGAGAAUGCAAGCCCCCUGCCCUGUCCCAGCCCCAAGCAGAUGAUGGCGAUACGGGAGCUGAAAGUGUGUCUUCUCGGGGAUACUGGGGUUGGAAAGUCAAGCAUCGUUUGCCGAUUUGUGCAGGAUCACUUUGACCAUAACAUCAGUCCUACAAUUGGUGCUUCUUUCAUGACUAAAACUGUGCCUUGUGGAAAUGAACUUCAUAAGUUUCUCAUCUGGGAUACAGCUGGUCAGGAACGUUUCCAUUCAUUGGCACCUAUGUACUAUCGGGGAUCUGCAGCAGCUGUUAUAGUGUAUGAUAUCACUAAACAGGAUUCUUUUAAUACCUUGAAGAAAUGGGUGAAAGAAUUAAAAGAACAUGGUCCAGAAAACAUUGUAAUGGCCAUCGCUGGAAACAAAUGUGAUCUCUCAGAUAUUAGGGAGGUUCCUAUGAAGGAUGCUAAAGAAUAUGCUGAAUCCAUAGGUGCAGUUGUAGUCGAAACCAGUGCAAAAUGUGCUAUUAAUAUUGAGGAACUCUUUCAAGGAAUCAGUCGUCAGAUCCCACCCUUGGAUCCUCAUGAAAAUGGGAAUAACGGAGCAAUCAAGCUUGGCAAGCAAACACCACAAGCAAGCAGGCGAUGUUGCUGACCCCAUGGGAUAUCAUCUGAUGUACUUGAAGAACUCAAAUCCCAUUUUCUUGUGCACUGACUGAAGGACUUCCCACUCUUGAUGACUUGGUGCCUUGCUUAAAAAAAAAUCCUAGUUCUGCAUUAUGAGAAAUAUGCAGGCAUCACAGCCAGAAAGGAUUUAGCAGAAAUUUAUAUUGAUGGAUUGGAUUAUACCAAAUUCAUCUUGUCCCCCUCUCCUCCCUUUCUCUCUCAUUCUUCUUAAAACAGUGGUUUUCACUGAGUGGGUGAAGGAAGGGAGUGGGUGGAUGACAAGUACAUAAUGAGUUCUCUGUUAAACCCUCCCAAUACUCAAGUUUUAUAAGAAAGAGGAUGUAUUUUUGUUGGCUCAGUUUGUGUGGGGGAUUCUGGGGUAGAUCGUUCUUCUCUGACUUCCCAGUUGGCCUGGUCUCACUGCUAGCGUUUUUUCAGUAUCACUGCCUUUGUGGAUGACCUAAUCAGACACUUGUAAAAGUUAGCUAGUGAGGAGAUAACUUUUUAAAAUGGUUUUAGAACUGAACCUGGUUUUUUUUAUUUUAUUUUAAAUUUUAGAUUUGUACUAAAAAAAUUCUUUUAAAGAAAAAAAUAGAAUUUAGUCCAUACUUCCCAGAUUUUCUAUAGAGAACAAGAGGAGUAUUGUCCAACUAGCCUUCAAACUACAGAUUUGCACAAUUCACUGAAAAAGAGAAAGAGGAAAGAUUUUUUUUGAAAGAAAGAGAAGCAAAGGAGAUGGAAGAAAUGAAAGAAAGAAGAGAAAUUAUUUUUUAGAUCCCUGCUUUUUUUCCCCUCAGUGUUUAGCAUUGUACACAUUUUGAGUUUCAGGUACAUAUAGUGUGACAAAACUGAGAAAAUUGCUACAAAUGACUUGGAGGUUCAGCAGGCCUAGUUUCUGAAAACAACAACAACAAAAUAAACAACGUAUUUCUAUGUAAGAAUACAUAUGAGCACAGAGUAAAAAAAGAACAGAGACAUUUUUAAAAGAGGUACUACCUACUGCAUGUUGUUUUGAUGGACAGGGAGCUCAAAGCACAGAGUAUUUCCUUGCUAAUAGAAUCUGUCAUAGUUUCUUAAUCAAGUUGAGAAUUAAAGUUAAAAAACAAAAACAACUGCAGACCAAACCAUUGGGUAAAUUUCUGAUGAGGGAAGAGUAGUUAGAUUGUUGAGCAAUUAGCCAGAGUGAGUGGCAGAUGCUUUAGGCUUUUAGACACUUUAAAACUAUUAGACCAAAAAAAGCAUUAAAAAAAAUAAAAAAUAUUCUGCAGACUCUUCCAUAUUCUGUCAAUGCAACACUUCAUCAUGUCUGCACAAAGAAUGGGCCUUGCUAUGGCCUUCCUGACCCUGAUUCUUUUCCUUCUUCUAUGACAUAGAAGGAUUUGAAUAUCCUUUUUGUCUGUUCAGUUUUGAAAAGAGUACUUGGAUGUAGUGAAGAGGAAAAUUGAAGGCUAAGAUGAAUAAGGAAAAAAGCAAGUUUUUCCCUAAGUCCAAAUACUUUUUACAUUCCAACUUUUUAGCAAUCUAGGAUUGAACACUUCUUACCAAGCUUCAAAUUGGGACAGAAAUUUUAGUAUCUCUCAGAUGUAGGUAGGGAAUAAGAGAUUAAGAUGGAUGGGAUCUUAGAGAUCAAUGAGAUCUUUUUUUUUGGAUGACGAAAAUGAGAUCAAAUUAAGUAAGUCACAUAUGUAGUAAGUAGGAGAGAUGGGCUUUGAACGUAAGCUUUUUAUACUAAAUCUAGCUAUCUUUUUACCAUCCUGUGAGAAGAAAUUCCACUCUCUCUAAAAUAUUUAGUCCGGCACCAUGAAUCAAGGGAAAUUUGGCCCAAUUUUUUAUCUUUUCAUGUGCCCCUUAAUUGUGGUCUAAGAAACAUCACUCAUAGAACUAGAGAAUGGAAGGAACCAGUUCAAAGGAGGAAGAAAAGGCUCAGAAAGGGUAAGCAGUUUGUCCUAGGUUAUACAAUUAGUUCAUAUCAGAGCUAGGAGAGAAAUUAAAUCUUGGCUAAACAUCUGGAGUUUUCAAGUCUUAGGGAAAAAACCAUAUGAUUGUUUAGUUUCUGUUGCUCUCUGAUCCUUUUUUUCUUGGACUGAAGAAAUGAGUUGUGUCAGUGGCCCAAAGAAGCAUUUAUUGAAGGACCAUUAUAGAUGUCACAGCCCUCCUUAUUUUGUGCUAAAAAAGAUUGUAUAUGGAAUAACAAUCAAGGGAUUUAUAAAGCCAGGCUCACAAUAAAGAUCUUUUGAAAUUAAAAAAAAAAUUACAUCUAAAAGUAAUAAAAUACAAAGAUUUAUAAAUAACCAAAAGAUUACAAAAGAUUACAAAUAAAGUUUUUUUGCUUUUGUUUUUCUUUACCAUGAACAUAAACAGUUUGAUUCUCCAAUUGCAUUUCUGGAAUUGGUAGAAUUGGUGUGUUAGUUCUUGAAUUUUAGUGGCCAAAAGGACCUUCAUCCAUUCUACGUGUCUUGGUACAGUAUUAAGUCUCAGUUAUUUCAAACAAAAGCAGAUCCAUCACAAGUAGUUAAAAAAGAGGGAUUCUGGCUAUCUGGGAAAAGAUUUUAUGGAAUUUCCUCCAUUGUCCAUAGGCUACAAUUUGCAUUGAAUUUGCUUAUAGGCAUGAUACAAAUCUGCUUGUCUUUCUGGAAAUAAAUAGUUUGAUAUUAGAAACUAAAGUCAAUUCUUUCUGGGUAACAUGCAGAUUUAUGUUGUGCCUUUCCCCUUUAUACACAGAAAUUGAGUUAGUGAACAGGAAAUAGAGUAGAGAAAGUAAGGAACCAUAUUCAUGUGAUAUAUAGCUAGAAAAUUACACUGGACAAAUUCUAACAUAAAGGAGGCUAAUUUUGAUGACAGAACAUGAAUAUUCUCCCCUUCCCCCCCAUCAUCACCACCAAAUUAAUGGACCCAAAGCUCUUUUCAGAAGGGAAUAGGUUUCAAGGUAAUUAUCUUUACCUCUUUAAUCCUGUUUCUUUCUAUGAAAAGCAGGUUGUUGUUUUUUUUUUUUGGGGGGGGGAGGGGGACUUUCAUCAUCACUUAAAAAGUCAGAAUAGGGCUGAUAGAGCAUUGGUUGAGUAAAUAAAUUUACAUGUCUACUGAGCUUCUCAGGAAAGUACUUAGACCCUUCUGAAGAGUCAGGAUUUUUCAUGAGAGCCAUUUAAAAAAAAUCUGCGUAACCUGAGUUAACAUAUGAAUUGUAACCAGAGUAUAUUACAAGGUGACAUUAUAAAACAAUGUGCCUCCAAACUCUGGACAGAGCAUUAGAGGUGACAUAAUACCAUUUUAAUCAUUCCCACACUUUUUUUCCCCUCCCUUCCUUACUUCAUCUUUCCUUCCUCUUUUCCUCCCUUCCUUCUUUUUCCCUUCCUCCCUGUCACUUUCCCAGCUUCCUUCCUUCUUUUUUUCCUUCCUUUUUUGUUUCCUUCCUUCCCUCCUAUCUUCCUUCCAUCCUUCCUUCUUUCCUUUUUCCAUUUUUCUCUUCUUGCUCCAUUCCUUAUCUUUUUUAUGUACAUAUAUACAUAUAUAAAUACAAUUUUACAUUUCUUACGCUAACAUAUGCCUUUCAUUGCCUGAGUCUGAUUUACAGAUAUCUAUUGUAUAUUGUAAAUAUGAAUUUUUAUAGUGCCCAUUUCACAUUUAAGAACAGAAAGGCCAAAGAUAGAAAACAGUAACAUGCAAAAGGUUGAUAUAUCGAUGCCUUGUUGACUUGCCAUUUUUUUUUUUAUACUUUAAAAUAGUACAUUAAUGAUACUAAGCAUGUAUUUUUCCAUUCAGGCUGCAAGAUUUUGAGGGCCCCAAAUUAACCAUUCUUCCACAGUUAAAAGUAAUGAAAGAAGAUUAAUUUCAUUUCUUUCAGGGGAUAUGCUCAAGUGUUAGUCAGCUAACAUUUAUUAGGUGCCUAUUAUGUGCCUGGACUGUGCUAAGUGCUGGGGAUAUGAGUAUGAAAUGUUUUCUCCAGACUUAGCACUAUAACAUGUGAUACCUAAAAACAAGCACUUAUUGGUACAUUUCUCACUUUAUAUUGCUCCCCUAGGAGUAGAGCAAGUUGAGAAAUAGACUGGAAAAUGUUGACAUGUAUGCAGACAUAUGAAGUAUAUCAGCGAUAUAUGUUUACUAUUUUAACCAUUUUUUAAACCAAACUCAGUGUUCUAACAUUAGCAUUAUGUUUUGCAGUGUGUGCUGCUUUCUCUCUUGUGUUUUUGCAAAGGGCUUUGACUGGGCUGGACCCAGUUCCUGCAUAGGGGGUAUGCUUUUACAAUAUCAACUUUUCUUCCUUUCGUUAAAUAGUAGAGCAUUCCCAGCCUCUCCUCACAAAAUCCCCAAAUCUUAACAACAACAACAACAACAAAACUGUACCUGGUAUUUUGUUUUAACAUACACUGAUUCAUGCUAAUAAAUAUUUUAAAUAUUACCAAA